AUGACAGAACAUCCCCUUACCGUAGUUCCACCCCCACAAGACGAUGAUGAUCCAACAAAUAACAAUGACGGCCCAAAUAGAACAUCCGAAUCUCCCUCCAAACUCGCCGCCGUGGCAAAUGCCGCUCUGGAUGCCGUUGUCAAACCACUCGAAGACUACGAGUUUUCCAUCAAGGCCAUUCUAGGGUCCAUUGCCGCCCGCGCUGCCGUGGAUCGAAACGGUACCGUCCAUUCGGAACCGACCGAUUCCUUGCCGCACAUGUUGCGCCAUAUUCCACUCCGCGAACAAGCCGUGCAAUCGCUGUUGGAACAAGGAGCCGCCUGGAAACCCAUUCAGGAAAUUCAUCACGUCAAGGUACAUCGAUUGGCAGAUGUACCCUACGGAAAAGAACCCGUCUAUAUCCACAUUCACGGUGGAGGCUGGUCCAGAGGAAAGAAAGACUCUGGUUUCUAUGGAGGACCCGCCAUGUGUCAAAAUGUCACGGCCGAUACGGGAUGCAUUUCCGUGGCCAUUGGAUAUCGACUAGGACAUUAUCCAGAAUUCAUUUACGACGCCGCCUUGGCCAUUCGAUGGGUCUACGAUCAUAUCGACAGUUUGGGAGGCGAUACCUCCAACGUCUUUUUGUCGGGACAUUCGGCAGGAGCCCACAUUGCUUCAUUAUUGACCAUUCGGCAUUUCACCUUUUUGCAAGAACCAUUUGGUAUUCCACGCGACUUUUUCAAAGGGGUCAUUCUCGUAUCGGGGGUGUACGAUUUGUUUUCCCCCAUGAGAUCCAAUGCCAUUGAUUUUAAAAACAAGUGGUUGUUUCUCUACUAUGUCACACCCGCCUUUGGAACCGAUGCCAAACUCAAGCGAGAAGCAUCGCCCUUGCUAUUGCUGGAUCCUAAUAAGGAUACCAGUAUAUGGGGAACUGCCGUGACCAAUUUACAACGCCGAGUCAGCAAAGUUUCCGAACGAGUCGUCCCGUUGGUUCCCGACAAACUGUUGCCCGAAAAAAUACGUUCCUCCAUGACGUCCAAUGCCGAAGAUUCCAUGGAAUUGUUGUUGGAAUGGGAAUGGAAUGGUGGCGGGCUGGAAUCCCACAAUUAUCAACCACCCAGUACACUGAUUCUCAAUGCCACAUUUGAUAUGGGAUUGCAAGAAAAUGGACAACUCAUGGCGGAAGCACUGGGAGAACACACCACUGUCAAGUAUCAAAUCAUUGAAGGAUCCGAUCAUGCCAGUAUUUGCUGGAACGAUACCACUGCCGAGACGGUGGCAGACUUUGUCCGAUCCAAAUUGACAACAACAACAAGCUGUGCUGAGCAAGAGUCUCCGGUAUGUGAAGUGACAACCCUCACUACCGGGAGAAUGGGAUCCGAGAAUGUCAUUGGGGAUGUACCACCCAGCCCUCCUCGUACUAGAAGAGGCAAGCGAGAUAAGAUUCCCAGGAAAGAGCCAGAGGUCGACAGCUGA